AUGACCUGCCCUCCCAUUAAGUGCGUUUUGGUUGGUGAUGGUGCAGUUGGAAAAACUUGCCUGCUAAUAAGAAAAGUUACUGGAAAUUUUCCUGAGUCGUAUAUACCGACGGUGUUCGACAAUUACACAGUACCUAUUGAAAUAGAAGGGACUAAAUAUCAACUGAGUUUAAUGGAUACAGCAGGUCAAGAGGGAUACGAAAAUCUUAGAAGACAUGUAUAUCCGAACACUAGCGUGUUUAUUUUAUGCUUCUCCGUGGGUCUUCGAAGUUCCUUCUGCAACGUUACAGACAAGUGGGUUAAAGAUAUCAGAGAGGUUUGUCCGACUACACCAAUUCUCUUGGUUGGCUGCCAAACCGACAUUCGCGCAAAUUCUGGUAUGAAUGCAACACUGUAUUAUGAAGGAAAGAAGCUCGCAAAGGAAAUUGGAGCAGUAAAAUACAUGGAAUGUUCAGCAUUCACAAACGAUGGUGUCCAUGAUGUUUUCAGUAACGCCAUUCUGCUCGGUGCCGGUGUGAAAACCAAAAAACGUUCUCGUUGUUUAAUAAUGUGA